ACACUGCUGCCUUUCAGCUAAAAGCUUUUUGUGCUCCUGUGGAGCAGAAUGGAGGGAGAAAGGAGAGUGGAUGGGAGUGGUUAUAAAAGAGAGGGAGGGAAAAUGAAGGGCCUCCCUCUCCGUUGCCAAGGCAACCUGAUGUCACGGUGACAUCACGCACCACUAAAAGCUUUUAACCGGAUUCCUCUCCUGCCUUAGGCCCCAUUUUGAGUCCUCUUUCAGCAGGGCUAGGGGGGAAGGGCACAUGCAGGACGGUGUGUGUGCUUGUAUCACUCCCUCACUGCAGACUGUGCUCAGCUCUGAGCACGGUAAAAGACUUUCAAAUUCAACCUCCAUAGAUCCUAUAUCUGCAAACACAGCCAGCACAGGCCAAGAGAACCAUUUCAAACAUGGCAGCAGAGGAUGGUUUCAGCUACCUAAUACAAGGCCAAAGUGAAAAGCACAGGCGGGCCCCGAAUUGGACGGACGGGGAAAUGAAGGCCCUCCUGUACGUGUGGGAGGAACACCACAACGAACUGAAAACCAGCAAAAGGAACGCAAAGGUUUACGAGAAGAUGUCCCAGAGGUUUUUCCAGCUGACAGGAGAGCAGCGUUUUAAAGAGGAGAUCAAGAUGAAGAUCACCAACAUGUCUUUCCAGUACAGGCAAGUGCACCACAUCCAAGUGUCCUGAUGCAGAUGUGACUCUCAAAUCAAGCUGUUGCAUGAUUUUAAACUUUUAUUUCUGAUCCAACAGGCGACUGAAAGCUACAGCCGGUGAAAGUGGGGAGACGCCGGACUGGCCGUAUUACAAACCCAUCGAGAAGAUCAUCUCCAAGCCGCUGGAGAACGGGAGGGUGAACUGUUUGGACUUUAAGACCCCAGCUGCAGGUCCCUCCACUUCAGGGCAGUCUUCAGACAACGUGGUGACCCUGACGGAUGAUGGAGUGAUAGGAUUUCUGCCAGAGUACACAGGAUCUUCAGAUGAAAUGGAGAUAAAACAAGAGCUGGACUCACUGAGCUCUGAUAGUGAGCACACACACGGCUCCAGGUAACAGGAGUGUACAGGACAUGUUUAUAGUCGUUAAGUCACUGACAGAGGCAAGGUUCAUGGGCUGACUUUUUGACCUCUGUGGUUUAGUGAGGCAGUAUGCCAAAGUUGGUAAUUUUCAACUAAAGAGGACUGCAAGGCCUUAAAUUUUUAGGCUAUUUUUAGACAUAACAGUCAGUUUAUUAAAUCAGAAUUUGAUUCUAAAGAAGACUGUGCAGGAAAGCUCCAGGAAUCUGGCAGAAAAAUUUGUUUUGAAAAACGCCAAAGCGGUACAUCCUCAUUAUUGUUAUUUUAGCUCUCAAACCAGUGCCAUUACAAAUUUGGUUGUAAAUACAUAUCUGAGUAAUUAGUAAGCCUAGUGUAGCAAAACCUUUUAAAAGCUACAUCUGUUUCCAGUUCAACACUGCUAAAAGCUUAUUAGUUUAUCUUUAAAUAUAUCAUUAAAUACAUAUUGAAUAUACUAUUAAAUUUCCCUUUGAGGAUAAACAAAGUUCUUCUUAUUAUUAUUAUUAUUAAAAGUCUAUUAAACUGGAUAUGUUUUUUUCCCCCAAAAUUUAUUUCUUAUUUGCAGGCAAUGAUAAGCACAGCAAACUUCAAACAGCUGAUCAAAAUGUUUUUGCUUCAUGUAAAGUUAGCCUAAGCCAAGACCAGCCCGGGUUUCUCUCAACCAGGUUUUACACUGUUGUGUAGUUUGUUUUUGAUAUGCCAUUUUUGACGGGGAAAAAAACUAUAUGCGGCUUCCUUAAAGUUAAAAUUUUAAGAUAUAAUGUAAGAAUUGGAAAGUUUAGAUAAAUAUCAUGUCAGCCAAAUCUAACUUGACUGUGAUCGUAAGUCAGCUGUAACUUGCAGCUUUGGUCAUGUAGAUUUUUUUUUUUCAUUUUUACAUCGCAAUUUAAAGUGACAAAUUCUUUUAAAAAGUAGAUAAUGUUUUAAAACUGGUCAAAAUUUUGUCUUUCUAUAAAUACGCUGUGAAGAACAGCAAUUAUGCCUUUAAGUAAAACUUAAUUGACUUUUAAUUUCAACAUUAAUUUGCUGUUUUUUGGCGUAGAGAGAGGAAGCUUAUCAUAGCAGUUUGCUGAAGCGUGUUAGACCACAGGAUUAGCGUUGAUCUGUCAAACUUCAAAACUAGCAUCCCUUAAGGUUAACAUCUUUUCUCUGCAGCUCACACCCUUCCCGGAAAAGACGCACCAACAGACACCUGUCCAUGAAGAGAAAGAAACUGCGGGUGAUGCAGGCCAUGCUGCAGCAGCAGAAGAGGUCGAGCCAGGCCAUAGAGGAGACAUGCAGGGAGAUCCGUCGUGCCAUGCACCAACAGAACCUACUCCAGGUCCAGUGUCUGCAGCUGCAGGAGCGAAUGAUGAAUCUCCUGGAGAAGAUGAUCCAGCCUCUGUCCACUACGGCAACACCUUGGGGCCAAUGUAGGGUCAAUGAUCCAGGGAAGGCAUAAAGUGUGACGUUGAGGUCAGCCCAGGAGAGAUUGUUGUCUUGCCUCACCUAUAGCCAGUUAUUAUGGAUUUCUGUUAGACAUCCAACAUUUUGAAGGGGGAUUGUGUUGCAUACGUGGAGGUAUCACGCUUACCAGUACAGAAAUGGUACAUGAGGUAUGAAAAUACCCUCUUAGGUGUCAUAAACCUGAUUAUAUCAAAUGAGGAUGACCUUGCUCACAACCUCCGAUGAUAUGCUGGUAGUUCAUCUGUCGUUCUCCGAAGUGACAUUUCAUCUCUUAGGAUAGUUGUUUUAGUACCUCUUCCUUGAUUAUUUGUCAAGUACUCUGUUAGAAAUCACUGUGGAACAACAGCCUUGCAAAAACACACUUAUCUAUUCACUGUGCCAGGAUAAUUACAUGUUUUAAAGGUUUUGAUGCCAAAACAGGGCAACUUGUAGCACUACUAACUAGGAGUUGAGGCAAUAAUCUCUUUUGCUGUCAUCAGAGUAAGAGAAAAUGACCUGAUUCAGACAAAAAAAAAAACCCUCAAACCCUCAAACUUGUCCUCAUUGUGUUCUAUAGAACUAUAUUGGAUAGAAAAAAAGGGAUAAGGAAGGAUUUCUUCUGACCUCAAUUUUAUAGCAGAUGUGAAAGUACAGAAAAUUAACUGUAAAAGAUCAUGGCUAAGCAGAAAUUUGUAAGAAUGAAGCUUUUUUUCCUGCUUUCAAUUCAUGUAACUGUUCAAGUUGACUUAGUAAAUACACGUCUGAGAAACAUUUAGUCACCAUUUCGUUUAAGAUUUGGUUGUGCCCUUACAGUUUGAGGAUUAAAUCUAAAUGCAACCUUAAAGACAGAAACAUUAACUGUGUAAUUUUCCUGAUAUUUCAACUCUUUAAUAUGUAAAGAUAUCCUCUUCUUUCUCCUUGUUGCAUUUCUGCUAAAUAAAUCAAUGCACAAGCUCCAGUUGUGUCUUUGUCUUUUA